AUGGACACAAGUAUUAGUAAUCAUAUACCUCCCGCUGGAGAGGUAAACGAACAAGAGACUGACAAACAUAUGGAAAUAUUGCCUGAUUGUGGUAUUAAAAAUGUUUGGGCUCAUAAUUUAGAGGAAGAGUUUGCAUCAAUUCGGAAAUUAUUGCCAAAAUAUUGUUAUGUAGCUAUGGACACAGAAUUUCCAGGGGUUGUAGCUCGACCUAUUGGUGAUUUUAAGACUACUUCAGAUUAUUAUUACCAGUUAUUACGAUGUAAUGUUGAUCUACUUAGAAUCAUUCAGUUGGGGCUCUCAUUUUUCGAUGAAGAUGGUAAAACACCUAUUGGCCAAUAUACUACAUGGCAGUUUAAUUUUAAAUUUAAUUUGUCAGAAGAUAUGUAUGCCCAGGACAGUAUAGAACUAUUAACAAAUUCCAGGUACUAAAUGAUUUUGUUUUAAAAUUGUUAUUUAUUAAUAAAUUUAAUAUUAUUAUAAGCAAAUGUCAUAAAUUUAAUUUUUAUUUCCAGAAUUCAAUUUAAAGAUCACGAAGAGAAUGGAAUCGAACCAUUAGUUUUUGCUGAAUUCAUAAUAACUUCUGGUUUGGUAUUGAUGGAUGAUUUAAAAUGGAUGACAUUUCAUAGUAGUUUUGAUUUUGGUUACCUAGUGAAAGUAUUGACUGAUGAAAAAUUACCACAAGAAGAGUCUGAGUUUUUCGAGAUGUUUUCUUUGUACUUUCCUUGUGUGUAUGAUAUUAAGUAUCUAAUGAAGAGCUGCAAAAAUUUAAAGGGUGGCUUGCAAGAGGUAGCUGAUCAAUUAGAACUGAAGCGAAUUGGACCUCAACAUCAAGCUGGUAGUGAUUCCUUAUUGACAGGGAUGGCUUUUUUUAAAAUUAGGGACAUGUAUUUUGAAGGAAUGAUUGACAGUAAUAAAUACUGUGGUCAUUUAUAUGGGUUGGGUAUUACCACUUUAAAUAAUGGCCAAUUUCGGCAUGAUAACGAAACAGUUUAA